AUGUCUACGUAUGCGUCCCAAACGCCAGAUGAUGAUGAUAAUGAUGACAACAGUCCUGCCUCUGACCAACCAGAUGAUAUCAAUCGGCUUGUGGCAGAGAUUAAUGACUUGGUCAAAGGUUUAGACGAACCGACGAGGGACACGAUUUUCCUAAAAGGACGAAAGAUUACCGAGGUCGCCGUGAAUAUAUGGGCUAAGAACGAGAAAGAAAGGCAGGAUUUACACGAGAUUGUGGAGGACCAAAACAAGCGCAUAGCGGAGUUAGGAAAAGCGAGUGUCGCCAAAGCGGAUACAAAAGCGACCACCGCAAGUCCUACCGCCUCGCAGAGUUUAACUGUUAGUCCUAAAAAGCCCCAAAAAAAGGAGAAAUUGUGUGACUGUAAAAAUGCUAAGAUUAAAGGGAUGGAACAUUCUCGGAGAAGUAGUAAGCAUUGCCUUUAUAAUCCAAACAAUGUCGCGGUCGCCAACAACACUGUAAUUCCUGUGGUAAGUCCUGUGACAAGCACUGAUGACAAGAAACCACUGACAGACGGAGGACAGGAGGAGAAAAAAGACGACGGCGACAUUCCUUGGAUUAAAGACGUUGACAAGGAUUCCAUCGCUUAUUGGUAUCGCUAUGUAGACGGCAAAUACGAGGAGACCUACACAGACCCUGACGAAAGUAAACCAGACGUGGAGGAAAGCGACGAUGAGACUGUGCUAAACGACGAUACUAAUGUGAAAAAAGGCGAAACAGAAAAUAUUGCGAAAUUGACAAAAGGCGAUAAAGUUGUUCAGUUGUUUGACAAGAAACUUGUUAUUGGGACUGUAAACGAGUUUUACGUUGACUCUGAUAAUGACACAAUGGUCAAGAUUAAAUAUGAGAAUGGGGAGGUUGAGGACAAGAUGACAGAGAUGGCGAAUGAAUUGCGAACGAAUUUUAACAUAAUUGAAUUUUACAAAAAAGUGACUUAUGAAUAUAAUCAUGGAUGUUUAUAUGUCUUUUGGGAUGAGACUGAUGACGCAUUGGAUGACUUUAUGGAGAGAGAGUAUCGUCUUCGCAACAGUCUUGACAAAAGAAGUCUGAUGUGGAUUGAAAAGGCAAAGGAGGUGUUUAAAUACAAACAAAACACCGAAAUGUAUUUGUUCACUAAAAGCAAGGGAGGUGGGCAUUUUUUCGUGUGCGAUUGGACUGACGAAAAACACGCGUGGAAUUUUGGUGUAAAAAUCGACACAGAAGGAUAUGCUGAAAUGGGUUGUGCUGUUAAUCCAUAUUUUUUAAGAAUUCCAGCAGUGCGUCUUUCUGUAAACUGCUUACCGUGUGGCAAAGACAGAGGCAAUAGUGCGCAUUCAGCGUUUAUAAUGCCCGAGGGAGGCUUUGUGGGGAGUUUGGCAUUUACACGUUUUUCCGAUAUACGGAACGUUCGUCCAGAUUCGGGUAGAUUUGCGAUAAUCGAAACCGUAUUGGCAGUAAUCGACAUCAACGUAGGGUCUAUUAGAUAUAAACUCUUUCAUUCGACCGUUUUUAGGAUUCUCAAUAAACCAUUGAUGUCAGCGUUUCGCAGGUCCAAAGAGGUCACCUCCCAGCCCAUUUUUUUUGCCACUUUCCCAACGCUGUCGGAGCACCAUCUUGGUUCUCGUUUCUUCCUCUUGGGAUUCACCUGGCUGAAGAGCGCCACUAUUAUGACACAACUCGCCCGAUAUGUCGAAGGAAGUUAUUCCCAGAGUCACCUGAAAUUGUUCGGGGCUUAUGUCCGCAAUGUUGAGAUAAGAAGAGAUGGGCCCAUUUCACUAUGUAAUAUACGAGGAGAGUUUACACGUAGCGGCUUCAUCAAUUUCGCUGAGCGUGUGUGGCUGUACGGCCCAUCUAAAGGGCUCUGGCAGAUCUAA